CAUCUCGCCAAAUUCGCAAAAAAAAAAUAGUAAAAGAAGUGAAACUUCACUUCGUAGCGAGUUGGUGAAAUAUUUGGUGUUAUCAAUUUUAUCUCUGUUAUCAUAAUCGUGAGCUCCGAUCGUGCGCGAUUCUGCUUGAUUUCGGUUCCGGGAACGGCUGGAAGGGUUCUCCCUGAAAGUGGUUGUGCGAGCAACAUCGCCCGACCGAAGCUGCUCCACCGAGAAGUAGCACAUCCCGACGGGCAACAAUGGUUCGUGUUUAGAAAGAUAGUGGUAGAAUUCGACCUUUAGACCUCUCCCUUUCGCGAGGAGUGGAACCUAUCUGUGGCUGACGGUGACGGCAACAAGGGGACCAUUGGUAGUGUGAGAUCUGUGGCAAGAUAGCAACCAUGUCCUUCAAGGAUUUAAUCGAGCCAGAAUGUGGAGGAGCAAAUCCGCUGAUGAACCUGGGCCGCCAGGUGACUCGGGAUGUUGCGUUCCAAGACGAAGGAUUCUCCGGCAGGCAUUCGGCCUUUAUAGGAUCGGACAAUGAUCUGGUUAAGGAGUUCAUGGGUCAGAUUGCUCCGGCGCCCCAAUCCUUCCGAAUGGAUGUUCUGCUGAAGGAGAUGAGGGAUAUUGAUGCGCAAAAUUUUCAUCAGCGACAAAUUGUACCUGGACCGCCGGUUAUCGAGGAGGUCAACCGGUCAGAUAUGGACUGGGCUAAAGAGUUUGCAGGUGACACGUCUGGUGGAGCAGGUUUGGCUCACCAGGGCCAUCGUGCCGAGAGCAAGCUUACCAGUAUUUGGUCAAGCGCGCACCUAGCUCCAAUCGAGGGAACAAUUAGCGAUGGACCCAGUAAUAUUCUAUAUGCGAAGGAUUUUUUCGACUUGAAUGAACCGAAGAGCGAGGAAGAGCAGUUUUCGAUCCGCAAGGCCGCCGGUGAACUGGCGGAAGUUGCCUACGGACAUGAACCAGAAAAGAUGAACUACAGCGAGUUUCUCAACUUUGUCGGCAACGUGGGCGAAGGUACCGUGAAGAUCGACGAUGGACAGGUCACCGGUGGCAACGUUUGGGCCAACGAAUUUGACCAGUUGGCUGCGGGUCCGUCGAAGGUGGCUACCAAGGAGGAGCCCGGCAUCGCCGAAGAUUGGGCCAAAGCUUUUGAGGACGGCAAAAAGGGUGACCAGGAAGCGACUGAUAACUACAACAAACAGUUCUGGGAACGUCUACAGGAUGAGUGGCGUUCGAUCUCGGAGAAUGAUAGCCAACAUCCUUGGUUGUCGGAGUUUUCCGAGUUCUACGAUCCAUACAAGGAAUACAAAUUCGACGAGGAAAACCCAAUGAGCAACGUGGAGAAUGCCUUCGAGAAGGGAAAGGCAUUCCUAGCACAAGGCGAUAUUCCGAGUGCUGUUUUGUGUUUUGAAGCAGCCGUUAAGCAAGAUCCGGAAAAUCCGGAAAUUUGGGAACUGCUGGGCUUUAGUCAGGCAGAAAACGAAAAAGAUCCCAAUGCGAUCGCUGCCUUGAACAAGGCACUAUCGUUCGAUCCGAACAAUAUGCCAGUGCUGAUGGCACUGGCGGUAUCAUACACGAACGAAAGUAUGCAGAACCAAGCGUUGAAAAUGUUGGUGAAGUGGAUGAAGUGUAGUACGAAGUACGAAAGCUUGGUACCAGCAGUUAUGAUGCUACCGGAAGAAUCACCGCUGGCAAGCUCGUUGAUGGGGGGCCCGAGCUUGCAAGAAGUACAGGACUUGUUUAUCAAAGCCGUGCAACAGGCUCCUAAUGAGAUUGAUGCUGAUAUUCAAGAAGCUUUAGGUGUGCUUUUCAAUCUGAGCUCAGAAUAUGAUAAAGCAGUUGAUUGCUUCCGAGCGGCAGUUCAGGUGCGUCCCAACAGUUCGAAGACAUGGAACCGUUUGGGAGCAAGUUUGGCCAACGGCAACCGAUCCGUUGAAGCAGUCGAAGCGUACCAACGGGCAUUGGAAAUCCAGCCUGGUUUUAUCAGAGCACGUUAUAAUGUUGGCAUCAUCUGUAUAAAUUUGAAGGCAUAUAAGGAAGCAACCGAACAUCUGCUGACGGCAUUGAAUCAUCAGGCGUCAUCGAUAGCGCGUGCCGGAAUUAAUGUAUCCUCCCCGGCUAAUCAGAUGUCCAGUACGAUCUGGACCACAUUGCGUAUGGUGAUGUCCCUGAUGGGACGGCAGGAUUUGCAGCAAGCGAUUGAUAACCGUGACUUGGAAGUCCUCAAUCGGGAAUUUCCAAUGGGUAACGAUUAGAAGGAUUAUUGAGUUUAACAUAACACGUGGUAGAAAGGAAGAUGACUAUUAUUUUUUUACUAUACUGGAUAACCUAAGGUGGGACCUUAUAAAAUGCAGAUAAAAAUGAGGUAGAAGAAGAGCAAAAUUGAUAAAUAAACACAAAACUUAUAAUGGUGAAUUAUAAUAGAAGAGACCAUGGAGCGGUGAAGCAAAUUGUAGAUUAGGGGAAGAAGUAACAUUGAGUGGAAAGAUUUAUAUUCGAUCGGAUAAGUUCUUGAUGAGCAAUAUCAAAAACACAAUGUUGUUACGAGAAUGAUUGAAGGAGGAAGCAAGAUAUUUUUUUCUUCUUAUGUUUCAUUCUGUAACAUGUCGGGUUUGAUAAGGGUUAAUAAAACAUGAGUACAAGGAAA